AGUUGAUUCAAGUGUUUCAGAGAGUGUGGUUUGAUUUAAUUAUUCUACAUAAGUUUUCCAAGCCAUGAUUAAAUUAUUCACUAUUUUUCUUUUUAUUAUAAGUUUUGAAAUCAGAAUGGCAUAUACAUAUAGCAAUGAAGAAACGUGUCCAACUUAUUAUCACACAACUUCAGAGAAUGUCACAGUUUCUUGGUCACCAGAAGUAUAUACCUUUGCAGAUUUCGAUGGAUACUUCUAUAAAAUGUAUAAUCAGAUAUUCGGUACAGCUCGCCCGGAGAUAGAGAAUGUUGUGAAUAGUGAUCCCAUGUGCUUGGAUGACGAAAAACUCCUUGUUAGGAGACUAUGUACAAGUGGUGCUUGGUAUCCUCCUGAUCCUCCGAAUUGUACAUAUACACAAACACAUUUGAAAAAUAUGUCUUCCUGCCCAGAACCAUUCUAUGAGAUUAAACGUGAGGGAGAAGACGUCCUAUGUGUUCUAGUGUCUGAUCCAAAAGAGUGGAACAGUGACUGUAUUCAGUGGGGUGUCAGUGAUAGUAUUCUACAUCUUGAAGAAAAGGAUUUUCAAAUCGUUCGCGAUUAUCUUCAAAAAAGGCCUGAGGAAAAUUUCUGGCUUCCGCUUCGGAGCUUUGGUCAGUUUCUUCCAUUUCUUUGGCAUCUUCCGGGAGGAGACAAUUUUGGCAGAGUCUUUGACGAAGAUAGAUUCAAAUACUGGACAAUGGAAGGAGAGAGGCUGCCUGAAGGGAAUUGCCUGUCCAUCUCCGGAAAAGACAAUUUUAAAAGAAUAUACAUAGAAGAUUGCAAUAAGAACUACUCUACAAUAUGUAUUUAUAAUGAAAAGAAACCUCAUCUUCAGCUGGCCUGUCCUCGACAAUCUUACACAGCCAGGUACAACAGAGACCAGGACCAAUGUCUCAGUGUACUGAACGUAAGCUCAGGAAAGUGGAACAAUUGUGAUCGUCCUUUUGUAGCGAAUACUAAGGACAAAAUAAUCUUAUAUCGUGAAGUCCGAAAGGAAUUUUAUGAAAUUCCUUCGAAUCAACCGUGUUUCGGUUAUUUUUACGACAGCAGUUUCUCUGAGAAUUUUCGUUGGUCCCUUAAGGUUUGGAGGGAAAUUAAAGAUACGGUAAAUUCUGUAUUCUGGUCACCUAUAUUGCACUCUAAAGACAGCUAUUAUGUGGUACCAGUACAUGCCUCGGUUAUGACUUUAAAUCCAGACGGUCUGUGGAAUAUUGUGAAAGAUGCUAAAUGUGAAGUAUGUGGAAAAGCCGUGGAAAUGUAUCCGCCAGAGCUCAGUAUUAUCUUCAAUGAGAGACACCAAAGUUUAGAACUAGUGGUAUAUUCAGGAGAAUUCUUAUGGCGUAGAGAUGACGAUGAUUCAGGUGUAACAUGCUAUACGGACGCCGACAGUACUUUAUUGUCAAAUGUUAAAAUUAAAGAUUUGGUAUGGACUGAUAAGAUAAAGGCGCAAGACAUCAUUGGCACCAACAACAACUUCAAUCGCGAGUACAUCACUAAGAGUAUCUACGAGCUAGAUCUUGAUGAAGACACGCCAGGGAACUACUGGUGUGAGGGCAUUUCUCUAGUUGAUUACACCGUGGUAAGAUCAUCAUCAGUUAUUGCUCAUGAUGAUGACGAAGGGACAACCUUUGCAUUCAGGACAAUCACAGACUGCAAGAAAUGUAAGCAGGGAUUCACAAAAAAGGAACUCAAAGAUUUGACUAAAGAUUUUCGGAAGCUUUUAGAGAAACACGAUCACUGGGAACGUAUAGAAAAUGUAAAACUCAUGAGAAUUGAAGAAAUUCCAGGAGGAUCUUCUAAAAUCGAGGCAAUUUUUCAUGUUUACGUAGAUGACGAUUUUUCUUAUAAUUGCCCAAAGAAUGUUUCCCAUCAAAUCUGUGUUCUCCACAGACUCAAUGGCUAUCUUGAGGGACUUGUUAGGAGAGUAUCGGGCGGAAAAAAAUUCCAGAAUAUCACUUUCAGACACACAGUGUACUGUCUUCCAUAUUACGUAGAGGAAUCGGACGAGAUUCAAUGGAUGAGUGCAACAAUUGGACAGAAAGUUACCUUCCAACGCCUGUGUCUUACUACAAAUCUUCUUCCAGUCUACAGAUUCUGCAGUGGAGACUUUAUCACCGGAGCAAAAUGGGAUACAGAUCAUGUUCCAGCCUGCCAGGAAGACGACAUUCCAAAAUUUACGCACAUGCUCUUCAAUCUUGGCAAUUCUGACAAGAAACCAAUAGAGAUCAUCGAUAAAAUGCAGAAGAUCACUUCUGUAGAUUCUUCGGAUAUCAUCCCAGCUGAUCUGUACUUGAUGGGUUCUCUGACCAAAAGAAUUGCAUUGGAGAAGGACAACGAUACUGAGAUUGGUUUUGAUGAGAUUGAGAAGAUCAUCACGAUCUACAGUCAUACAAUGGAAGUGGAUGACAAAACAGCCAAAGCUAGUCAAAUUCUCAACUCAACAAACACCCUCCUGGACAUGAACGAAAGGAUUAUGAAUGAGAUUUUGGUGAAUGCCAGCAUCUCCAACAAAACCAUUUCUGGUCAGGAAGCCAAUAGGCUGCUGGGAGUGAUUGAAGUGAAAGCCAAGAAUAUCAUCUCCUAUGUUAUCGAUCCUACUGUGGCCAAUGUCUCAGGAAUUGCUCUUUAUCAAAGUGGAAGCAAUUCAUCAGACUUAUCGGAUUUCCAGCUGGAAUACCUCUAUGCCAAUCAAUCGACUGUGGAUCUUCUGGAGGGUCGAAGUGAUCUUGAAGUGGCGACAUUCGUCCCUCAAGAUCUCCUUAUGCGAAUCAACGAGAUCAAUCAGACAGUGUCGCCUAAUAUUACGAUUCAGCCAAAACCUCCACUGAGGAUUGUGAUCACGGUGAUGGCAACUGAUAGGAUGUUCCAGGAGAAUCGCAAUGUGUCUUACUACAGAGCGAGUGGUCGGAUUGUGACCGUUACAAUUCCAGGAUACGGACCCAAUUUGCCUACCUUCCUCCCCAUUGUGUUUCAUACAACCCAGGACAUUGGUAAUGGAUCUCAGGCCUGUGGAUUCUGGAAUUUCGCUCCCACAGAUCGAGAUGUGUACAGUGAAUGGUCUACAACGGGAUGUGAAUUUCUCUCAAUAUCCUCCACCACUGAUCCACCAAUUGUCCUCUGUGGAUGCUCGCAUAUUACAAAUUUUGCCUUUCUCUUGACCGGAGUCUUUAAGCAUGAGCUUCCGCCGGAGGAAUUGUUGAUCUAUGAGAUGCAUGCGUUCGCUCUGGACUUGAUAACUGUGCUGGGGUGUUCCCUAUCUCUGGCCGGUGUGGUGGGGAUCUGGAUCACAGCAAUUUUCUUUAAAACAUGGAGGGAAAAAGCUGGUUCCAAGGUGAUCCUGCAUUUAUCAGUUGGGAUUGCAAUGCAGAUGCUGCUGUUUCUCUUCAUCAAUGCUGAGUACUUGAUCAAGGAUAUCAACAACGCAGACAAGAGGAUCAUUUGCAUCACCCUUGGAGCUUUGCUCCAGUAUUCCGUGCUUGUGGUAUUUGCCUGGAUGCUAAUCACUGCGUAUCUUCAAUAUUUGAGAUAUGUUGUUGUAUUUGGCAAUCCACGACCACCACAUUUCACAAUAAAGUCUAUCAUUGUGGGUUGGAUCCUACCCACAAUCCCUGUGAUCCUUGUCCUGGGCCUUGCCACGGAUUCCUACUUGCCGCCAAAUUUCUACGAUAAUGUCAACUUCAGGGAGAAGAAUUGCUAUCCUCAUGGAAACUCUUUAUAUUUUGGGGUACUCUUGCCUGUUGCUGUGAUCUUCCUGGCCAAUUUUGCUACCUACAUUGCCGUGAUCUACAGCAUCACGCGAAAAAUGGACAAGAGCACGAAGAAGAAUGACACGAAGAUCCAACUAGCCCAGUUUAGACUAUCAGUCUUGCUGUUCUUCCUACUGGGCAUGUCCUGGAUCUUCGGUUUUCUGGUUUACACAGAACAAGAUGGGAAUCUGAUCUUCUCCUAUUUGUUCUGCAUUAUUGCCACUCUUCAGGGCUUCGUGCUCUUUGCCUAUUUUGUGAUCAUGGACCCAUCCACAAGAAAACUCUGGGAGCAAUUUUUCACCUCACUGAGAUGUGGAAAAUCCGAAAAAUUCACCUAACGCACCUUAAUACUAAAUCGACUAAAUCCUAUUUAAAGAAUAUUCUCAAUAAAUAUUUUGUUCACUUCUU